AUGUAUUUUCAGGAACUCUUAACAUUCAGGGAUGUGGCCAUAGAAUUCUCUCCUGAAGAGUGGAAAUGUCUGGACCCUUCUCAGCAGAAUUUAUAUAGAGAUGUGAUGUUGGAAAACUACAGAAACUUGGUCUCCCUGGGGGUUACUAUCUCUAACCCAGACCUGAUCACCAGUCUGGAGCAAAGAAAAGAGCCCUACAAUUUCAAGAUACAUGAGACAGCAGCCAAACCCUCGGUAGAGACGGGGUUUCACCGUGUUCACCAGGAUGGUCUCGAUCUCCUG